UAUUUUAUUUUAUCCAAUCAUAUCAUUAGCCGGUCUUUCACUUCCAAAAUGGCUGUAAAUCUCGUGUGUCGGAUUCAUCCAGUAGUGUUAUUUACCAUUGUUGAUUCGUAUGAGCGUCGGAACGAAGAUGCAAGGCGUGUAAUAGGAACAUUACUAGGAACACAUGACAAAGGUGUUGUAGAAGUAACUAAUGCAUUUGCUGUACCACAUAAUGAAUCUGAGGAUGAGGUUGCAGCAGAUCUGGAGUAUGCAAGAAAUAUGUUUGAACUUCAUAAGAAAGUCAAUCCAUCUGAAGUUAUUGUUGGAUGGUAUUCUACAGGUGCUGAUGUAUCAGAACAUUCCCUGUUAAUCCAUGAAUAUUACUCUAGGGAAGCUAAAAACCCUGUCCAUCUGACUGUAGAUACUACUCUUAGAGGAAAUAAAAUGGGCAUUAAGGCUUUUGUUAGUACUCAGAUUGGCACUCCAGGGAAGACUGUAGGUACAAUGUUUGCCCCAGUUCAAGUAGAAAUAACCAGCUAUGAACCAGAGAAAGUUGGAGUUGAUGUCAUACAGGGUGGUAAAUUUAAUCCUAAACGAAGUGCCAACCUAGUUAAAGAUCUGACACAUGUAGAAAGAGCCACAGGAAUGUUACAACAAAAACUCGCCAUGGUUCUGGAAUAUGUUGAAGAUGUUCUGGCCAAUAGAAUACCAGCUGAUAAUGUUAUUGGUAGAUUUUUAAUGGAUCUAGUGAUGAAGGUCCCUCAGAUUGAGCCAGAAGACUUUGAAGAAAUGCUUAACUCUAAUAUGAAGGAUUUGUUGAUGGUAACAUAUCUAGCCAAUCUCACACGUACCCAGCUUGCACUCAACGAGAAACUAAGCAUCACUUUGUAAUUUCUGUAACGUAUUUAGUGUUGAAAACGAAUACCAUUUUGGAAGCGAAAUAUAGAGCUAUUGCCUUUCUGUUGGGAUAGUUCAAUACUUUGUUUAUUUAUUGACUUUUAAUUAAGUGCUAAAAUGGAAAAAGAUAUAUGGAGAACUCUGACACACAGAUUCAUUAUAGACUAUUUAAAUUCAAAUGCAGGCUCAUGGAAUCAUAGAUUGAAAUUAAAAAAUUCAAAAUAUA